CAGGGGUGGACUGACCAUUUGGAAACUCGGGCACUGCCUGAGGGCCCGGGGUCAGUAGGGGGCCCCAUGAGAUGCCCCUGGUACCUUUUUCGUAGGCUUUUUUGAGUUUGGGCAAGGACACAGGGACCCCAUGAUCCCCUAUUGCCCGGGGGCCCCAUGAGUUGUCAGUCCGCCCCUGAACCUUCUCUACUCUACUGAAAAUUAUACAUCAGUGCACCUGUCAUAGGCACUUAUCAAGAGUGGCCUCCCUUUCUGCCCC